AACUAUCCUUCUUGAUGCUUCACCAUCAAACAAUACACAGACUCGAAUCCUUUGUCAUAUCGAUAUAGCAAUAAUGGAUCCUUGUCCGAUAGCUCAAGAGCCUCAAUUAGUACAAGCACCUGCUGCAAUCGAUCCUUGUCCGAUAACUGAGAAGCCUCAGUUAGUAGAGAAACCUGCUGCAAUCGUUCCUAGCCCGAUAGCUCAGGAGCCCGACAACGAUAUUCCGGCGCCGGGAAACCAGUUUGCCGAGUUCGCCGCAGGAUGUUUCUGGGGAGUGGAGCUUGCUUUCCAGAGGAUCCCUGGCGUGACCGAGACUGAGGUUGGGUACACUCAUGGGAUCUCGCAUAAUCCGACUUACGAGGAUGUCUGUACAAACACAACGAACCAUGCAGAGGUUGUUAGGGUUCAGUAUGAUCCCAAUGAGUGCACCUAUGAGACGCUGCUUGAUUUGUUCUGGUCUAGGCAUGAUCCCACCACCUUGAAUCGCCAGGGAAAACUUGUGGGGGCUCAAUACCGAUCAGGUAUAUACUUCUACACAGCAGAGCAAGAGAAACUAGCACGCGAGUCUCUAGAGAAUGAGCAGAAGAAACUGGAGAAGAAGAUCGUGACUGAGAUCUUACCGGCAAAGAAAUUCUACAAAGCUGAAGAAUACCAUCAGCAUUACCUAGCCAAAGGUGGGAGGUAUGGCAACGCGCAAUCCCCUGCAAAGAGCUGCAAGGACCCUAUCCGCUGCUACGGCUAACUACAAGCCUUUGUUCCUCCCUCUUCCAAAACAGAGGAUUCUCAUUACAUCCUUUUUUAUAUGUUUGUUUGUGUGUUGAUUUGUAAUAUUCAGUUCUGUACUUCAUAAUAAAGUUGUGGGUUCUAAUAUACACAUUUGGGCCGAUACUUAUUUUUCAGUGUCAUUUGAGA